CAAUAAUUGUGUGCAGACACAAUCCACUGUCUUUAGCUGUGUUUUUAAAAAAAUCUAUAUUUUAAAGAAAACGUGUGUGUGUGAGUCCAGCUGAGAGGAGGAGGCUCUGAGCACAAACUGAAGAAUGAUUUCUCUUUGUCAAAAUCAGAAGAGGCGCCUUUUCACAGCAAAAACAGCCCGAAACUAACCCACAGAGAGGAAGUCCUUUUGUUUUUUGUUUAUGUUUUUUGAUAAAUAUAGUAAUUAUUGAUAAGAAAGUCUAGACCGCGGCACCACUUUGGAAAUAUCACUUUAUUAUAGGUCGGAGUCAGAGGUGCUGAAGGUGAUCAGACUUCAUCAUUAUGGAAGAAAAUGCUCGACGAGACCAAGAGCGCCCAGAGGACGAGGACGAAGAGUCCAACCGGGCCAUGCUGCCUCUCCUCCAGCCACCUGCCAACCAGCAGUCCCACAGGAUCACCAACUUUUACAUCGACAACAUUUUAAGACCGGACUUCGGACGAAAGAGGAAGGACGGGACUUUGAUCCGGGAGGGAGACAGUCUGGGGGUGAUCAUACGAAGAGAGGACCUGACACGGAGAAAGUCUUCCAAAGCUGGUAACCCACAGCAAGGUAGAGCAGGGGGUGAGGAGGAGGACACGGGCGCAUCCGAGGACCGUCAUCAGGACUCUGAGGCCAGGAGGCCUGACCUGAUAGUGGCUGUGAAAAGCCGAGGGGACGACGGUGACCGCUGCCGCAGCCCCCAAGCCAGCUCGGCCCCUGCGGCCAAGCCGAUCCUGUGGCCUGCGUGGGUUUAUUGUACCCGGUACUCAGACCGUCCGUCCUCAGGGCCCAGAUCUCGCAAACCAAAGAAGGCGCCGACCCCAAGUAAAGAGGACAAGCGGCCCCGGACGGCCUUCACCGCGGAGCAGCUCCACCGGUUAAAAAAUGAAUUCCAGGGAAACCGAUACCUGACCGAGCAAAGGAGGCAGAGCCUGGCCCAGGAACUAGGCUUGAACGAGUCUCAGAUCAAAAUCUGGUUUCAGAACAAACGGGCUAAAAUCAAGAAAAGUUCCGGGAAUAAAAACUCUCUGGCAGUGCACCUGAUGGCGCAGGGACUGUACAACCACUCCACGGCCAAGGACGGCAAGUCGGACAGCGACUAGAGGAGCCGCGGGGACGGGAUAGAGGGUCCUGAUCAAUGCAAUAAAACCACUUUAGCACCAGCAAACAUAUUUAAAACGAAAAAACCAGAGACAUGUCCGUUGAACGUGUGUGUGUGUGUGCGUGUGUGUGUGUGUGUGUGUGUGUGUGUAGGUGUGUGUGUUUGCUACCUGUCCUCAGGGCU